ACUGCCGCGUAGGACACUACGCCUUACCACGCCUCCCUGAUUUUAUACUAAAAGCUGUUCGACAAGUUAAAGCGUGAAGAGGGGAGAGGAAAGUCCAACUAAGGUCAUCUGGAGAAUUACAGCGGGUGUACGAUAGCAGUGCAUGUGAGUGUGGAGUGGAGGUGUCAGGGUGGUGAACGGCUGACGUGUAGUGGUGGAGAGAGCGCCUCAGUCAACAUCACCACCUUAACCAAAACACGAGCAACACCACCACCACCAUCAACACCACCCGAGCCAGUACACGCCCAACAACAUCACCAACAGCACCAACGAGAUGAGGGUUCUCCUAGCUGCGCCACUUUCCUGUCUUCUCCUGCUGGUGCCGACAGCCCUCGCUCAGAUCACCAUAGUGAGCAUUUUAGACGAGUCGCUGCAAGAGGGUGUGAGCUGGUUGGAGGAGGCCGUGUCGCAGGCACAGAGGAAGACGGGCCUGAGCCUCUCGCAAGAAAUAGUCAAGGUGUCACUCGACAAUGAGAACGACGGCAAGGAUAAACUGUGCUCGGCGCUGUAUAACGGAGUGGCUGUGGUGAUGGACAUGACGGCGGGAGGGUGGACGCACGCCCGGGACACCGCAGCAGCCCACGGCGUCCCUUACUUAAGAUUGCAGGUGUCUAACUAUCAGUGGAUGGCCGCCACUGACGACCUCCUCCGUAGCCGCAACGCCACGGACGCUGCCCUCAUCUUUGGCUCGGAGGCCCAGCUGGACCAGGCCCUCUACUACCUGGUGGAGGGGUCAGUAGUACGGGUGAUCGUUCUCUCCGGCGUCGACGAGUCUACCACCGAGACCCUCAAGAAGAUGAGGCCCUCCCCUUCCUACUACGUCAUCCUGGGCACCACCGAGGAACUCUCUAAGCUCUUCACUAAGGCGGUACAGAAUAAGUUGGUGACCCGAGACUCCCGCUGGACGCUCGUAGCCACAGACCACAAACAAGAUGACUUCGACCGUGGGUUGUUGAUGGGGUCAACGGGAGUCACCAUGAUGACACCCGUCGAGGAGGUCUGCUGCACUGUCAGGAACCGCCAGAACUUCUGCGACUGUGACAGCCUUGUGAUCCCCAAAGAGCUGACAGUUAACACCAUGCUGACGCUGACGAAGGCACUGAAGGCAAACGGCGCCACGAAUGUGCAGGGAACGUGUGAAGAACCGGUCACAGAUCCGCCCUCAACCGCCUCCUUCUACUCCGCCUUCCAGACGGAGUUGGGCUCAUGGCCUAAUGUGGUUUGGAAUGCAGAUAAACUACAGACAGUGCCAGAGCUCAAGUUCGACAUCAUAGCCAUCAACAGCAGCGCUACCUCAGUCGUGGGCAGCUGGAACACAAGCAAGGAGCUGGUCCUCAACCCACAGUACGAGCACUCCCCCAUCAGGAGGCACUUCAAGAUCGGCACCAUCAUGUCUCGGCCGUGGGUGAGCCCCAAGACAGGGAAAGAAGGAGAGAGUUCGAGCAGUAUUGACCCCGCCAACUACAUAGGCUACUGUGUGGAGUUGUCCGCCCGCCUCGCCGAGCACAUGAAAUUCGAUUUCGAGUUAAAGUUCCCUGAUGACGGUCAGUACGGCGCCAGGCAGAAGAACGGCUCCUGGAAUGGCCUCGUCGGUGACCUGUCUAAUGGGGUGACUGACAUUAUCGUGGCACCACUGACCAUGACCUCGGAGCGGGAGGAGGUGAUCGACUUCGUGGCACCAUACUUCGACCAGUCCGGCAUCUCCAUUGUGAUUCAGAAGCGCCAACGGGAGGAAAACCUUUUCAAGUUCAUGACGGUGCUGAGGGCGGAGGUAUGGGUGUCGAUUGUGGCGGCGCUGGUAGUGACAGGCAUCAUGAUCUGGCUCCUCGACCGUUAUUCUCCGUACUCCGCCCAAAAUAACCCCGAUCUCUACCCUCCGCAAUGCAGGAAGUUUACCCUGAAGGAGAGUUUUUGGUUCGCCCUGACGUCGUUCACGCCGCAAGGUGGCGGGGAAGCACCCAAAGCCCUAAGUGGGCGGACGUUGGUGGCCGCCUACUGGCUCUUCGUAGUGCUCAUGUUAGCAACCUUCACCGCGAACCUCGCGGCCUUCCUCACUGUCGAGCGCAUGCAGACGCCAGUGAGCUCCUUGGACGAGCUGGCGGGGCAGAGCAAGAUCAACUACACGGUGCUCCAGUCCACUGCCACCUACCAGUACUUCGCCAACAUGGCCGCCGCCGAGGAAGAGCUCUACCGGGUAUGGAAGGAGCUCACCCUAAACAGCACAAGUGACCAGAGCAAGUACCGUGUGUGGGACUACCCCAUCAAGGAGCAGUACACGCACAUCUUACAGGUCAUCCAGGAGUCUGGCCCCGUGGAACGCGCUAAAUUCGGCUUUGAGAAGGUGUUAAAAGACAAGAAUGGAGAAUUUGCUUUUAUCCACGACGCGUCGGAGAUCCGCUACGAAGUGUACCACAAUUGUCUGCUGACAGAGGUUGGGGAGCCUUUUGCCGAACAGCCAUAUGCCAUUGCCGUACAACAGGGAAGCCACCUUCAGGAUGAGAUCAGCAGGGCAAUUCUGGAGCUGCAGAAGGACCGGUACUUUGAGGCUCUGUCGGCACAGUUCUGGAACUCGUCCGCCCGCGGGUCCUGCCCCAACGAUAACGACUCUGAGGGCAUCACACUUCAGAGCCUCGGUGGAGUCUUCAUAGCCACACUGAUCGGGUUGGCCCUGGCCAUGAUCGCCCUGGCAGCAGAAGUGCUGUACUACAAGCGCGGGGGCACUACCCUGGUGAGUGACCUUCCGCCCAAGAUGGCUCUCAAAAAGGCCUCAGAGAAGGACCACAUCUCUCGCAUCAACGUCACCCCUGUCUACUAGUCCUCCCGGCCUUCUCUGUUACCCUUAUUGAAUCCUGUGGAAUAACCUAUUAUUCUGGAAAAACUAUAUGUAUGCAUUUAAGUAUAUAGGUAACAGUUUAGUGUGAUUCACAAUAAAGGGUAUAGGGCUGGGAUGUCCUGGCAUAGGGAGCGCUUCAGUAUCUUGCACUACACAUUAUCCACAUCAUCCCACUUGUAACUUCUUUGGGGAUGUGUGUCUCCAAAUAAAUAUGAGCCUCAAGUUGAUCGAUUCUAGUGUAAUGCUCAUUACGAAAUUAUAAUUUCUUUUUUUAAGCACGUAUUGUUAUCACGCUGAAACGGAUUAACAGAAUGAUCUUUUUCCUCUGAGUUAUUCUUUAAAUCUUGAUCGUUAAAUAUCCAUGAUUAAGCGGAAUCCUCAAAAUAAAUAUAAUGAAUAUAUGUAGUACAACGUGAUGUGCAUUGUAUAUGGCGCAAAAUAUCAAUUUCAAUUUCAAUUGUUUAUUCCUUGAUAGAGGAAGCGGGAUCCUAGUGCUGUCACUAGGUACCCCUGUACAAUGACACCAGAAGCAU